AUGGAACAUCAGGUGCAGACGGGUGUGGAUUUGCACUCUGCAGACGAGACAUCAAGCUCUGCAUCGUCCCUUUUUCAUGGCGGCACGUUGCCCACAGCUUGGUUGGGCGAUGACACAGACGAUGGCAGUCUUUCCUCUCUUGAGACUGGGGAGAAGACAUCAAGUAUCAAUGAUGUCAAGAUCGCCUUCGAAGGCCGCUCGGACGGCCCGGCUGAUGCCAACGUUCAGGAUCUGGAGCACUCGCAGGAAUUAGACCCCAGUUUGUCUUUUCAGCCUGGAAAGGCUUACGAGGUCAGAGGCUCUCCUGGUUUCGUCCUUCACCAUAUUGGCGAAUGCAUUCCGUGCCUCUAUCACACCCGAAAAGCAGAUGGAUGCCGCAAGGGUGACGAUUGUGACCACUGCCAUCUCUGCAACGUGAGCGAAGCCAAAAGGCGGCGUAAUCGAAAUCAGCUCGAGGCGCACAAGGCACACAGGCGAGCCGCGCGCAGGGAGGCCACUCGUGAGUCGAAGGCUUCCGAUAGCUAG